CACUGCCUCGACUCCCGCGCCCUCCCUUCGGCCCGAACAAUACCCAUUGGCUCACGUGCACGGGUUUUGUCCACACCUUCCCUUUUCGGAUUGGACCUAGGGCGGGCGAAGGCGUUUACGUGCGUAUAUAGUUGCGAUCCCUGUUUCCAAUCCGCCCAUACCAUUGGAGGGUUGUUGACGGCGCGAGAGCGCGGAGGAGUGGAGUUGUAAUCCAAAGCGCGUUCCAGAGACAUUUACGGCGUACACUUUUCAGCACCUUGGAUAGCAUCCAAAGGAAGUUAGGAAAUAUCGGCAUUUUCAGUGUAAUUUAUUAACCACAUUCUUGUGGUCUCUCAAUCUGCCAGUCAGCAGGGUAAACCGGUCAACUUUUUGGAGAGUUUCCAGGCGACGGGGCAGUGGCUACUAUAACGUCUAGCUCUGGUUGCUUUGCCCCUGUGGGCAAAUGUGCUAGUUGUCGCCUCUGCAUCGAUGGAGAGUUGUAUUCGGCAGAACAGAUUACGCGCCCCCUACUGAAACAUCGAGCGACCACUACCGACGGAUUCGCGCCGUGCACCUAUACGCCUGCGAAUGACAUGAAAAUAGAGUGUGUAACGAAACGUGGUGAUUCCAGCUAGCGCGAUCCGACCAGCUGCAGCCGAGCGGUAGUUGUGGUGGGCAGGUCCAGCUCGUCAGUGCAGCUAGCUGUUGCUCUCCAUUGUGUGAACCCCCGGCCGCUGUCGGAUCCCGCGCUGCUGCUGCUGCCGCUGCCGCUGCUGCUAGCGCUGCCGCUGCCGCUGCUGCUGCACAACAACUCGGGUGGCUGUAAAGACGCGCUAUCUCACCGUCGGGUUUCAAGCUCGGUUCCACUACAUCACAUCAGUAUGUGUUCUCGGGUUUGGUUCGUGACCGACCGCCGUAUCCACCAGGAGUACCCUCAGGUCCAGAUCCUCCGGGCGCUGAAAGAGCGAUGUGUGGAGGAGGAUGUUGAAUUCCGCUCCCUUCUCAUGGACCAGAUCGUCCUCACUAUCAGCGAGGGGAACCUAGGUCUCCGCGUAGAACAGGAGGUGGUGACCUCCUACCCCCAGGUGGCGGUGGUGCGCGUGCCCACGCCAUGGGUGCAGUCGGACAGCGACAUCACCGUGCUGCGGCACCUGGAGAAGAUGGGCUGUCGGCUCAUCAACCGGCCACAGGCCAUCCUCAACUGUGUCAACAAGUUCUGGACCUUCCAGGAGCUGGCGGGACACGGGGUCCCCCUGCCUGACACCUUCUCGUACGGUGGCCACGACAACUUCCGGAAGAUGAUCGACGAGGCCGAGCCCCUGGGCUACCCUGUGGUGGUGAAGAACGCACGCGGCCACCGAGGCAAGGCGGUGUUCCUGGCCCGGGACAAGCACCACCUCUCGGACCUGUGCCACCUGAUCCGCCACGACGCCCCAUACCUCUUCCAGGAGUACGUGAAGGAGUCGCACGGCCGCGACGUGCGCGUGGUGCUGGUGGGCGGGCGGGUCAUCGGCUCCAUGCAGCGCUGCUCCACCGACGGGCGCAUGCAGAGCAACUGCUCCCUGGGAGGCGUGGGCAUGAUGUGCCCGCUCAGCGAGCAGGGCAAGCAGCUGGCCACGCAGGUGUCCAACAUCCUGGGCAUGGACGUGUGCGGCAUCGACCUGCUGCAGCUGGACGACGGCUCCUUCGUGGUGUGCGAGGCCAACGCCAACGUGGGCUUCAUCGCCUUUGACCAGGCGUGCGGCAUGGACGUGGCGGGCAUCGUGGCGGACUACGCGCUCUCGCUGCUGCCAGGCCGGCCCCUGAUCACGCGCAAGAUGUCCCUGCUGUCGGUGGUGUCGAGCAGCAGCGAGCCCGAGGUGUGCUGUGGCCCCGAGGGCCCCCCCGGCGCCGGGGUCUCGCUGAGCGGCGGCGGCAUCGGCAUCGGCGGCGGCGGCGGCGGCGGGGCCGAGGCGGCGUGCAACAUGAGCGUGGGCUCCACCUCCAGCGAGAGCGACCCCGAGCUGGCCGAGCCCACCCCGCCGCGACAGGCCUCGGACCCAGAGCUGCCCGAGCUGGGCGGGCUGCUGGAGGGACUGGCCGAGCCCCCCGGGUACAACUUCAACACCCUGCUCGCCAACGAGAUCAAGCUAUUGACUGAAUGAGACGGGGCGGACCCCCGGCGCAAUCCCAUCCCCCCCCCCCCCGCACCCGCCGCCCCCCACUGCCGCACACACACUAUAUCUAUACAUAUCAACACACACACACACACACACUAUAUAAUGCAUCCAAGUCAACACACUAAUACGAGCGUCCUUGUGCACGGUGGGGAAAGACAUUCCUUCACCGAGCUCAAACCUCCCGCCCCGCCCCUCGUCGACACAGAAGGACAUGCAGGUAUUAUCGCUACGACGCAGCGGCAAGAGAUGAACAAAUGAUACACAUGGAUACCUGACCCGCAUCACCACAACCCCAGAAUAAUCUGGCCUCGAACCAACACGUCCACACACACACACACACACACACACAGCACCGACACGCACCAUACCUCACACUCCCUCCAAACACAAUGCGAUCCGAGGCUGCUCCCCUGACCUCCCCCCUCCCCCCCCCCCCCCCCCCCCCCCCCCCCCAACCUCACCCUCCGCAGUUAGCAUUAGCAUUAGCGUGCUGAGCUGCGAUGUGGUGGCCGGAGAGGGAGGUGCGGUGUGUUAGCUCAUUGUGGAUUUUAAGCAGAAUUCCAUUUGGUUUUGUUUUGGUAUUCUCUUUGGGCUGGAGGUGUUGAAGGGAACUCGACCGGGACGCCGGCGGGAAAAAGUUGUAAAAGAACGUAGCGGCCGCGAUAGUCACAAAACCCCACGAACGACACAACACGACCGAAAGGGCGGUUAUUGCGAUUUGUUUCCUCGGUUCCUAAUUAGCGCAAGGAUGGGUCGGUUAUCCUGGUCGUGAUGUCACAACGCACUAGCAUCAGCCAAUCGGAAUCGGAGUCGCAAUGAGCCGCCUUUUCACCAGAGACGCUUUUUGACAUUCUUACGGUUGCCCCCGGAAACCUUAGCAUUGGGAGACUAGAGUUUACGGGGGAUUGAAGGUGCGAUGAAGUUCUAUUUAACAGGGUGGACGACUUGUCAGUUGAAAUGUAGCAAAGCGGUGGUCCUCAGCUCCAGAGAAAGAUGCUCCUCCCCCCCUGGUAACCCCCCCCCCCUCUCGAAACACACGUACCCAAACAAACAGCAGUGUAAUGUACAGUAUUCAAUCCAACGCGACGCGCGGCCAACCGCUCGUGGGAGGCUUGUGCGCCAGAAAGACCAAAGUGCCACUGAGUUAUGUGUAAUAGAUCUCUCCUUAGCCAUCAGCUAACCCCCAUCCCCACACACCAUGACCUUUCAGGAGCAGCCACCAUCACACUCGCGUGCCAGGGGCUUCGAAUGGUUGCUGGCUGAGGGUGUGGGGGCGUAGCAUGUUCGAUUUCCAUCGCGUGUGGGAACAAGCUACAGAGAGACUCUUCAUCUGUACCUGCCAGGGUCUAUUAGGCCCCGCGAUAUCGCUUUUUAGGCUCCACGUAGUGACGGGACCCAUCAAACGUAGUGCGUAUCUAUGGGAACGACCAACUGCCAGACAUAGGUUUGUAGGCUUAUUAGAAGAUCUUUAGAGGCUUAGGAAUAAGAGCAUCAUCAAUUAUUUUUUAUUUUUUAUUCUGUUUUUGUUUUGUUUUUUAUUAAACUUUCAGUAGCUCGACCGGCAUGUUUUUUAAAUUAUAAAUACUAUUACAAAUACAAGUUUAAAAUGUUUGUGUUGAGCUGCUGUUUUUUUAAGAGUAGAACAUCUUGAAAACUUAGCACUUUAUGAUAAACAUGCAUUUGUUUUUGCUAAGAAGAGGAUCUUUUGAGAAAAAGAAAAAACAAGCCUUUCCACCUGUAAGCAGGAUAUACCUCAAGAACAGUCAUGACUUCUCACUGCCAUACGAUGAACUAGGCUCGAUCCAUACAUAUCAUUCCAUAUGGGGUCUUUUGUUAUUUAUUGGGAUGCCGAUAAAUCCAGCCCCCUCCACCCUUUAUAAUAACGAGCUAGCUAGUUAGCGUACGUUGUCUUGUAAAUAAUAGAGUAGGGUUUUACUCUUUGAUAUUUUAACCAUCAACCCGAUCGCAACUGUCAAAAAGGGUUACAAUGACAAUUUUAACAAGUUAUUGGGUACAAAUCCAGUUUUAUACAGACCUGCGAUGUUGGAGGGGGGUGGGGGGGAUGACUUAAACUGAUAUUUGGUGCUAAUUCUUCUUGAAUGGAUUUAGACGUUGAUUUCUAUGAUUUCUUAUGCAUACUAUGAUAAACUCGUCUUUCUGUUUUUCUUCCGUUCUUUUAAGCAAGCUGAGGUAACCCAUCGAAUAUAGGCCUAGGCAUGAUGUACAAAUAAAAAAAUAGAAAAAUAUAUAUUUUUUCAGCUGUUUUCAAUAUAAUGUGAUUUUUUUUGUGUUUUAUUGACGGUUUAGAAAAUAACUUAUCUUUUCUGGGGAUUUCUAAAGCAUUUGAAAGAUUUUCUUGAGCUUUUGAUUUAAAACAACAAAACAAAAAAUCUGAUUUUCACCUCACUUUCACCAGGCAGCCUUGUUUCAACCAAUGCUUAUCAGCAAAAAUAUCUGCUAGCUGAGGACAACAAAAACACUGUAUAAUCCUCUUGAGUCCCACCUGGGAUAAAAAGCACAAAAUGGUCACACAGCCGCGUGCCACUUUGUGUGUGUGUAUGUGUGAAUGUGUGUGUGGAUGGUUAACCUCUCCCCGUUUAGCUCAUCUACCCCCUGAACGCGACUCAGGGAAGCAGCCUUGAUCUCUCCCUAGCCCCGCCCCCAAAUCUCACCCAAACUCAAAGCAUGUGGCGCAUGUGUCCACGCACAUUCUCACACUGACACUAAACACACUGACAUCUACACACAACAGUCAAAACUAAAAAAAGGCUUGUGAUAAAAAAAAAAAAUGCUGUGUACACCUCUCAAGGUAAACAUGCACUUUUUUUCCCUUCCCUUUUUUCUUCUUUUUCUUUUCUACAUUGUUCUGUGUUUUUUUAAAUCCUCGCUCAUGUUUGUGCACACUAACCUUGUCUCCGUGACGCGAGACUGCUGUGAAUCUUAACCCUGUCCGGGAUCAUCUACCAAGGGCCAAACCGACCAGACGGCUGCCAACAUUUUACAGACUUUCCCUGAGAUUUUUAACACCGUUUACAAUACUGUGAUGUUGUCUUGGGAUAUAUACAGUAUAUUGCAGAAACACCUUUUGAAAAACUACAAAUGUGAACACAGCAAAUCCUGGCCGAUCCCGGGACAACACUCCCGGCACCAUCUCUUGUCUUCUUUUGUAUCCAAGUAUGUGUCCCUUUCCCCAUUACAGUAUUUUCUAGGUAAAUGUAAAUAAUAAAUACAAAAAAACAACAAAAUACACCCUCCUCUCCUCUACAGGGGUGGAUCUCAAAUGUGUUUCUUUUACGUCUCGGCCCCCUACCAGUUGUAACCAGAGCGUUUACGGCAUCCUGAGCACGCGACCAAAGAAGGUCCCGGUACGGUCGUCGUGACCACUAAUGACUUUAAACACACACACACACACACCUUUCUCCGGCUGCCCUGUGUACAACUGAGGUGGUUUCAAAGCAGAAGUGAGGCUCAAGAAGGCAUAAGUCCCUCAAUCGACGCCAGGGAUGGAGAGAAGAGGAUUGAGUCGAGAGGGGGAGGAGGUGUGCGAGAGAGGAGGUGGAUGAUGUCAUUGAGGUGACGUUUUGCUGUUCUGACCCGGUCGUAGUGGGGGGCAGAGAGAGAGUGUGUUUUUGAAGGGGUGGGGUGGUAGAAGAGGCCCCCUACGUUUCCAGUUGUUGUGGUUGUGUACAACGGCAUGAAGUAAGGUUACUAUUUAUUGAUGAAAAUGCUGCUACUGUACAUUUGGCUCAAAAUAUGAAAAAGGGAAUGAAGAACCGAGUGUUCCCAUGUCUUGUUGCCUCUCGACGACGAAUAAAAAUGAAUCUCAAUGCCAAAAAAAAAGACCACUCGCAAGCAUUUUGUUGUAUAAUUCAAUACUCAUAAUACCAGUUGCAAGAUGGUUUGAAACCUUAAACUUGUUUUGAUAUGAAUAAUGAGACACAUGCUGUAUGAAUUGUGUGUGUAUAUAAAUAUGUUUCACACGGAUCAUUAGGUUUCCCUGUCCUCCACUGAUGGUCAAUCUUUAUACCUAGGUAAACAUCUUUUACCAAGAGUUGGAUGAAGCAACACAUUGAAGCCCUAUUUAAGAGGGAGUGACUGUGGUGUCUUGACAACAGACAGAAUCAUGCUUGGCGUAAUAUAUCACAUCAUGGCUAUAAUGUCAGGCUGGAAGGGAAAGUGGAUUGGAUAUGACGGUCUAACGCUCAGAGGGGCCUCUGACUUGCAAAGCAGUAUUCAGCCGGCCAACAAAUC